CGCAACUUCCCAGAGCACUACAGACCACUAUGGCGGACAGACAUGCUGAUAAUGAUUUCCCUGUGUCUGGAUGCGUGGACGAAGGGAGCGCGCCAGCGGGCCCCAGUUCCUCUACCCCUAUAAUCAGGGCUACACAUACAGCAACGGCCCAUCCACUCCCAUCCACUCCCAUCCACUGAUCAGACCACCAGCCCAGUCAAAGGGUUAUACCUGGCCGGAAACUACAGUGCUUAAAGGGUUAAGAAUCCGUACUACAGAUUUAAGGAGAAACCUUGAGAACCCAUCUAUGUGGCCUCUGAAAAUGGUCAUGGUGAGAGAGCAGAGCAUUUCAGAAUACAAGCCAUUAUGUCACACCUGCAUCACUACCCACCCCAUACUCCAGCAGCAGCAGCAGCAGCAGCAGCAGCAGCAGACAGCUAAAUGCUGCACCACCCAUCAAGAGGAUGAAGACUGCAGCCACAUCAGAGAGGCUGGCUGUGAUUUUUAGUCUUCCUGCCACAUGUUGAGGUUCCUGCUAAUAGCCAUUUGGUCCUCAGCUUGUUCAUCAGGUCUGACUCACACAUCUUCUGCAGACUGUGGGAAGAAUAAGGAUUUGUAGAGAAAGAAAGUCUGGUACGGAAGAUUGAAAAGAAAUAUUGUCAUUGUGGAAAAAGCUGAAGUGUAUUAUGCUUUUAUGUUGUGUAAUAAUGUAGUAGUAAAAUGCAGGCUGUAUGGAAUGAAGGCACAUCAGGAUUUUAUAAGAUUAAAUUUUACAGGGAAGAUUAAAAAGGAAUAUUGCA